AAAUAUAAAUCUACAUAUUUGACAGCAAAAAUUUCAUUCUAAAUUGUUCUUUCCUCUCCACCAUAACAAGCAAGCCCGCUCAAAAAUUAUAUUUUCCUAGUUUCGAAUUUCCAAAGACUUGAAAUUAUUUAAAAAUUAUUACAUGGCAUAUAGCGGCAUCCCACUUCCCGGAAUUGUGUCUCCGGAUGAAAGCGUCGAAGAGUUUGCAAAGCUCUAUGGCAACAACAAUGUGGGGAGGAUGAUGAUAAUGGCUUCAACAAUCGGCAAUCCGUACGGACUGCCUGGUAGGCUCGAGGAGAGUUAUACUUCCGAAUACUUUCCAAAUUUGAGCCGCCCGGGUUACGUUGACGACCGAUAUGUACAUUCCGUUUGUUCCAGAGCCUCCCACGGACCUAGAACCAUGAGGCGUGGACGUGGGGGCUAUGGUGACUAUUGCAAUCGGUCGCCAGCAAUGGGGCACUCUAGCCCUAGAUACUCACAUCAGCAAGAAGGUUGGGCAUAUCCCAGGCCUUCCCAGGGCUCAGGGUCCACGAGACAUGGAGGCUAUGGUGACCAUUAUAGUCAGCGAGUGUACCCUCUGCAACAAGGACAGUUCUCCGUACCUGAACAUCAAAGUCCAUAUAGCUUUCCAGCUCCAGAGAGAUAUCCCUGGCUUUAAGAGAAAAGAAUCGUAUGCCGCAAUCAGCGGUGCAUUGACUUAGCUACUGUUUGUUAAUUUUUGUAAAUAACGAGUUCCCCAAAAUGUCACGUUCUGUUUGGAAAAUAAUGGAUUGUUAUACGCGUCAGUGGUGACUCGCAAAAAUUAUGAAUAAAUUGUGCAUAAUCAGGA